UUUUCUUAUUCACUUUUUACUUCCUUGUCCUCUAAUUAUACGCUCCGUUUAUAAAGUAAAUAGAAAACAAAUACAGAGCGAUGCAUGAUUGGUUAGCUCCCACGAAAGCCGGAAUAAAAUAUAGUCCUUCUUAUCUCCGUAAGGGUCAAAUUGCAUUCUUGUAAGCGCAUCGAACCGUUGUCGAACUGAAUUAAUAAAGUGCCUAAACCUCCUGCUGAUAUUUGAAAUUCGAAGUCAUAUUGUGUACAUCGGCCAAACAUUAGAUUUGGCUACAAGGACUGUGUGCCAUUCUUUUCUUUAGUCAUCGGAUUUCCUCUUUCGUAAUGUUGCUUGGAAACCUUGCAGUUAGCACGACUAUUGUCAUCCUUAUUCAACAACAUGUCAACAUUGUCUGUGGUUCGGGAAAUGAUAGCACAUCUUCACCUGGGAGCCCAAUGAGCAAUAACACAAAAGGUUUGAACAGCUUACCAACAAGUAUGAAGUUGUCAAAUAAUGGCACAUUUUUACCUGGAAACCCCACAAGUUCCAUGUUUAACGCCGUACCUACAUUAACGCCGUCAAAGUCAGGCCAGACAUCCACAGUGUUUGUGAUGAGCACUACUAAGACAAACUUCCUCGGAAACCCAUCGAUGUCCCAUGCAACUACUGCAUCGUCCAAAGUGCAACCGUCAUCUUCUGGCUCUCCUUCAAUAAUCCUUCAUAAUGUUACUCCCAUGAGUUCUUUUUCUCUUAAAAUUAACUCCAGGGCUGAUGACUUCUCGCGUACCACACGAUAUUCAUUCUUUUCCACCAACAACCUGGAAAUCGCUUUACCUUCUACUAUAACAUCUUCCUCCUACGCAACGUCUUCUGACUUGCGCAUGCAAGCUUCCACAUCCAGAUUAUCGUAUUCCAUGUACCAAAAAUUAAAUUCAUUUUCAAGUUCCAUAUCCCUGUCGAAAAGCAACAAUUCUGCCUCAUUAUCGUUUCUUUCGGUUAUGUCAAAUAACCUGUCAUCCACUUUGACAACGAACACGGCGUUCUCUUCUCCGACUCCUGGAAAGUCUUUUUCUAGGGAUAACAUUACAUCCUCAAACCGCAACUUCAUUACAUCAAAAUCCAACAAUUAUAUCCAAAAUGCGUCUACAUCUAUCACAUUGGUAACUUAUACUACGUCAAUUGCUUCUUCGGUUUCUGAAAAAGUCACCAUAUCAAAAAAAGACAUAUCGUCCCCAACCAACAUCACCAUUUCAUCAAAAUCCAACGAUCAUGUUCAAAAUUCGUCUAAAACCCAGUCAUUUAUGUCAUCUAUAAACAACCAGAGUACAUUAAACGUCGAACCAUCGUUUUCUAGCCAAUCAUUUGAUUCAGGAAACGUUGUUACUCCUUCUUAUACUUCAUUUAUUUCCCCUUCCUUCGUACCUACUCCUAAGCUCUCAACGACACCUUUCUUCUCAAGUUCACUGAUGGCUUCUACAAGAUCUGACCAAAAUCAGAUAUCAAAACAAAUGUCAAGCCCUUUUUCCCAGGCUCAAUCCCAGGCGUCUUUACAUAAUUCAAUUUUACUUACGAAGACAAUACCUCCCAAUUUGUCUUUGACUAAAAUUUCAUCUUCUUUAAAUGGUACAAUUGAAGUCCCUAAUCUCUCUUCCAAUGGACCAACAGCAACAUAUAAUGCAUCCUUCAAAAAUGAAACCUCAAAAAGUAGUAUUACGUUAAGCCAAGAUAGAUUACUUAAAUCUUCUAAAACUAUUAUCCAGAGAGUAACAUCAUCAAGUUCUUCCGUUGCACAAAACAACAUAGGAUAUUUCUGGGAAGUUGAUGGAAUACUGUUUCUUUCACCAAAAAAGUCCUCUUCGAAGGAGUACAAUGAUUUGAGAAAGAAGAAUAAUUACAAGAAACUUGGUGACGCUAUUGAGAAGAUUUUAGAUGCAGCGUUAACGUCAGUUAGUGAUUACAUAUAUUCAAAGGUUUUGGUGAUAACAAGUAAGGACAAUUCAUAUCGUAUCCAGUAUGAAUGCAUGUUCAAGCUAGUCUUAAAAAAGUCGAGCUCAGAAACAGCUUCCACGCUCAAGGAGAAGAUCAAGAACUACAAUGACACUUAUGGUUUUGGAGAGUUUGUGUUACAUUCUGUGCAAACAAGCGUUGAUAGUCCAGAAACAUCUCCUGAAUCAACUUUGUCUCUGUGGGCAAUUAUUGUUAUUGCUGUACUUGGAAGUGUCUGUUUGCUUCUUCUAAUCGCCUUCAUCUACACUCGGAGGAAACUGAAUAAAUCCGAAUAUGAAAGAAAUCGUUUUUCACCUGUACACGACAACAACAGCAACUCGAGAUUCAAGGGUUUCUUUCCUACUGAUUACGAUGGUUAUGAUGCAUCCUCGAAUAUUCCGUUGAAAUUAACAAGUUUAUCGUCGAAUGAGUCCAAGAAAUCGCCGAAACGUAGUGAUACGGCGGAAAAAUAUUACUCAGGUGGUGAUGAAGAUUCUGAUGAUGAAAAGAAGUCUUAUCAAGGCUCGUUGGAUGAAGAGAAGGAUGAUGGCAUCAAUAUUGGGGACGAAACGUCACUUGGUAAUGGUACCGGUGCAUUACAAAUUCAGGAAUCUGGCGAUGAAUCCGUUGAAGAUGAAGCAAAAUUCAGUACAUUUUCCAGGAAACAUUGAAGACAGUAAAAUGCACUUGAUGCCUAACACCUCUAUUUACACUGACUGAACUAUCAUUAGCUGGACCGCACGUUAAAAGCGUGUCUGGAUUAUAGAUACUGUACUGAUUGCUUAUAAAUAAGAAAUUCGUAUACUGGACAUUUCUGAGAUAAAUUUACCUGAAAGUUAUUCCUAACGUAUAAAUAAUUCUUUGGAUAUAAAAAGCUGACAUUCCAUCAUAGCUGAGUCAUUCUAUAGAAUUCAAAUCUAUACCCUCUAGCUUAUAAAAAAAAUUUAUGUAUCUGCGGGGUUGGAACUUUACGUCGCGCUUUUCAUCAGCCAAAAUAUGGGCGCUACGUUCGAACUACAAUCAUUUUCAAAAGUAGUUGGGACACCUACUAUUUUUAACUAAAAUCUAC